UACACAUUGAAUAGUGGCAUAAUGCUAUAAAUAAAUCAAGGUGUAAAAAAGUUCAUCAACUACAACACUAUACUUUCUUCUCCAAAACAGUACACAUUUUAAAUAUGUCUGCAGAAUCACAAAAUUUUGAAGCUGACAUCAAAACAAACUCGAGUUACGACAGGAGAACUGAAUUAAAGGCGUUCGACGACACCAAAACUGGCGUAAAAGGUCUCGUCGACGCCCGAGUUGCAAAAAUUCCAAGAAUCUUUAUCCACGAGAAGAUCCACAAUCCACAAUCUGCAGCCAACGAUAAGAACUGCAUACCGGUCAUAGAUUUGCAGGACAUAGAAAAAGAUCGAAGGCUACGCGGAGAAGCUGUAGAUAAAGUUAGAGAAGCUUGUGAAAAAUGGGGGUUUUUUCAGUUGAUCAACCAUGGAAUUUCUGAAACUGCUUUGAAUGAAAUGAUAGAUGGGGUACGUAGAUUUCAUGAACAAGAAACUGAGGUGAAGAAACGUUUCUUUACGCGAGAUGAGAGUAAGAAGGUGAUUUAUAAUACUAAUUUUGAUUUUUAUCAAGCUAAGGCAGCUAACUGGAGAGAUUCUUUGUAUUGUUUAAUGGCUCCUAAUCCACCAAAUCCUGCUGAUUUGCCUGAAGUUUGUAGAGAUAUCACGAUAGAUUACUCUAAGAAAGUAAUGAGCUUAGCGUUAACAUUAUUCGAGUUGCUAUCGGAGGCACUCGGACUGAGUGCGAACCAUCUGAAAGAAAUGGGCUGCGCAGAGGGGCUUUAUAUGAUUGGUCACUACUAUCCAGCGUGUCCUGAACCAGAGCUGACGUGGGGUGCCACCAAGCAUACUGACAGUGGCUUCCUCACAAUUGUAUUACAAGAUCUAUUGGGUGGCCUUCAAGUCCUUCAUCAAGAUCAAUGGUUCGAUGUUACUCCUAUUUCUGGAGGUUUAGUCGUCAAUUUGGGAGAUUUAUUACAGUUAAUCAGCAAUGACAAAUUCAAAAGCGUGUAUCACAGAGUAAUAUCAAAAGAAGUUGGACCAAGAAUUUCAAUUGCAAGUUUCAUCAGAAGUCAUAUGGAAGAAGGGAGUUCAUCUUCUUGUUCUAGAAAGUUUGGGCCGAUCAAGCAACUGCUGUCGGAAGAUAAUCCUCCAUUAUAUAGAGAAACAACUGUACGAGAAUAUGUUUCCAAAAUUUACACAAAAGGGCUUGAUGGUAACUCUGGACUUCACUAUUUCAAACUGACCCACAUUGGACUUCCAGUGGUUGAUUUGGAUGGCCUGUUGACCGAUCGACACCAGAAGAUUGUCGAUGAGGUCCGCAGUGCAUCCGAGGAGUGGGGAUUUUUUCAUGUGAUAAAUCAUGGAAUACCCUUACGCGUACUAAAUGAUAUGAUAAAUGCUGUUAGAAAAUUUAAUGAACAGGAUAUUAAUGUGAAGAAAAAACUAUAUUCUCGCGACACAAGCAUAAGAGUGAGAUUUAAUAGUAACCAUGAUUUGUUUCAUUCGGAAAGAGCUGAUUGGAGAGACACUCUGUCUGUUUCCAUGCUGAGAUCAGACCAUAUUGAUCCAAACGAAUUGCCUGCAAUAUGCAGAGACGAAACUGUGGAGUUCAUAGAUGAAAUCAGGAAAAUUGGAGACACUCUUUUGGAAUUGCUAUCAGAAGCUCUCGGUCUGAAACCCGACCACCUGAAAUCUAUAGAAUGUAACAAAGGGCGUACACUUGUAUGCCACUAUUAUCCAGUAUGCCCUGAACCAGAACUAGCCAUGGGAGUAACUCAGCAUACUGAUAACACAUUCCUCACCGUGCUUGUCGAAGACGAGACCGGCGGUCUUCAAGUUCUACACGAUAAUCAAUGGGUCCACGUUCAUCCUAUUCCAGGGAGCUUAGUGGUAAACAUUGGUGACCUUCUUCAGAUUGUAUCAAAUGACAAGUUCAAGAGCAAUAUGCACAGAGUAGUUCCUAGCAGAGCCCCAAGAAUUUCAGUGAUAGGAUUUUUUGCAGGACGUGUGGCUCCUCCGGCAAGGCUGUAUGGUCCAAUCAAAGAGUUGAUAUCCGAAGAAAAUCCAGCCAAGUAUAAAGAAGUUGCGGUUAGCGAAUAUGUUGCUAACUUCUUUACAAAACCUAUCCAUGAGAAGCCUAGUCCUGAAGAUUAUAGGAUCUGAAAUCUGGCAACUAGUAAGAAAUAACAAUGAUACUAAUAAAAAUGAGUACGGGAGGAGUGUGUUUGUUGCUUCAUGCAAUGUAUUAAAAGUUGAACCGAGGUGGCCGAACCGGUGUGAUCACCGGUUCACGGUUCAAACAGUUAAAUAAAAAUUAAUAAAUGGAGAACAUUCUAACUAAAUAAAUAAAGAAUCUAACACUUUUAUGGUUUUA